AUGGCUCCAACCACUCAAUCACAUACGUCUACCGGUACUGUCGCAACUGAGAAGGGAUCUGGUUCAGUUAUUGACAGAAAGCCGAUGGUCAUCGGCUUGUACGGACUUCCAGGGUCUGGAAAGUCCAGCUUGGUGAACCAGAUGAAGCUUCACGUUAACCACGAAAACUUUCUCUUUUACGAGGGAUCCGAGUUGAUAUCCACCAUUAUGACUGAAGGUGUUGCCGCUUUUGCGAAACUCAAUGAAAAGGAGAAACGUCAGGUGCGGGAGCAGGCAAUUAACAGCGUUGAAAAAGACUGCUUGACACACAACCGCACUGCUUUGGUUGUUGGCCAUUACAUGUUUUGGCCAAAAGAUGAAAUGGAAGGCAACGUUGUCGCCACUGCCAGCGACUUUCGAGUCUAUACACACAUCAUCUAUUUGGAUGUGACUGUCCCCGCUAUGCGGGAACGUCGGCUGAGGGACACGCACCGCCAGCGCCGGCCAGUGUCCGCCGCACACUUGGAGCAGUGGCAGCAAGCCGAGAUCGACCAACUCCGCCGUCUCUGCGACCCACUUUCUUUCACUUUGAAGUUGGUGCGCCACUUUGAGCGGACAAACGGCAGCUGCAACCUCGCUCUCGUCGCCACCAAAGUCAAAACGGCACUUGUUGCUGAUGAGCGCACAGAGACUGUGCUGUCAAUGGCUCUAGUCAAGAAAUGCUAG